CUUUCUUUCUUCUCAUUUUUAGGUCGAAUCUAGGAUCAGUGGUCUUAUGGAAUUCGCGCAUGCUCGCUUUCAAUGCCAUCAAUAACGUCAGCACCACAUCGGCCAGCACCGUGUCGCCAUUAAGCAACUGCACGACAACUCCGCCAGAUGCCAGCAGCUCUUCGGGCCCAACUCAGAACGGACAAUCACCCAUGGCAUCUCUGAUGUCUGUCACCGACAAUCUCCCACCCGGAUCGCCGCGUAACAGCGAGCAAACGGCCACUAACAGUAACAGCAGGCCCGCAUCGGCCACAUCCCGCCAUUCGCCCAAUAGCACGGCUCCUCCCACCGGCAAAAAAACCCCGUCGGGCGGCCGCCAUAACGUGGGCACCGGCGAUUCUGAAAGCAUCACCACAACAACUAGCGUCCCGUCUACCACCGCUCCCGCGGAUGCACCCCUUCCGGCCGCUCCCCUGAAAUGCACCCUGUGCAACGAGAGGUUGGAAGACACACAUUUCGUCCAAUGUCCGUCGGUACCGCACCACAAAUUCUGUUUCCCCUGUUCGCGCGAGAGCAUCAAAAGUCAGGGUGCGGCCAACGGUAACGAAGUUUACUGUCCCAGCGGCGAAAAGUGCCCGUUGGCUGGAUCUAACGUUCCUUGGGCUUUUAUGCAAGGCGAAAUCGCUACCAUCUUGGGCGAGGAAUUCAAGAUUAAAAAAGAACGCGAAACUUAAAAAAAAGAUCCUCGUUGGAAUUUGGUCUGAAAAAAAAAUAUCAACGGCACACACGUAAUUCCCAUGCGAAAUGCGUGCUUUGAUAACGCUUUCGAUUUUACGGUUUUCUCCAUCCGCUUCCGUUAUUUUUACUUAAGUCGGACGGAAGUUGGGUGAAAAAUUCGGCUCGACUCGAAAGUCGUAACGCCGUACAAUAUACAGUAGAAUUGACGGGAAAGAAUUAAUAAAAACACACACCGUAACUCGAUUUUUUUGCAGUUCCGGCCGGCAGAAUGCUGAAGUGUUACGGAAGUAUGCGCGAGAUAUUAAAAAGGUCAUCGUGUUCUCUCAAUAUACAUUUCUCUCUUAAAAUCUCUCUCUAUCUAUCUAUCUUUAUCUAUCUAUCUUUCUCUAGUUCUCUCGUCGUGCCCCCAUCCCUCGGCAUGUAUAUCGUCAGCCAUACGUUUCUUUUUGCGACCAAGGAUACAAAGAAAAACAAAUUACGUCCAGUCGCGCUAAAUUUUUGAAUGUCGUGUUGUUACAUUUGACGGAUUUAAUCGCUUUUACGUGUUCGUGAGCAAUCGGGCAGCCAUUUUUUUUAUUUAAAAAAAAUCUUCGUGCGCCCUCCAUCUUUCUGGGAAACUCCGUCAAUAAACUGUUAUCGUCUCGGAAGUGUCUGGUAUUUGUCGUCCCCGUUCUCACCUGUACAGAUGUUUUACUUUUUUUUUUUUGGACACCCCCUCUAAAAGGCGUUGUUGUCUAUAGGAGUAUUUCGAUACCUCUCGAAGUGAGAGAUUUUAGAAUUAAAAAAGAAAAUCGAUCUCUCCGGUUUAAUAUCGACCACUGACGUAACAGUUGCCGUGUACGAGUGUUUUUCCGUUUCUCACUGGGGAGGCAGCUCUGUCGUCUCGCUAGUCACGUGAUCGCCGUGUCCCAAACUCGAUUCGUCUGGUCUCAAAACAUAAAAAGCCAAUAAAUAACGGUAAUAAAGCUGUUGGGUGUAGUUAUGUUCGAGUCUUUCCCCUUUAUUGUGUUAUGUAUGUCAAGUUUUUAGUAAAAAAAAAAAGGAAAAAAUAAUGAUAAACUGGGGAAUUCUCUUGUAUUCGAUGUUCACAUGUGAUGACAAUGAUGAACGUGUUUAUAUAUAUAUCGUCUUGUAAAUAAAAUGACAGUUCUUUCGCCAAGAGA